AUGUCCCUCCCCGACUCGUUCAACUUGACUGCUGAAGACGCCAAGCUUCUUUUGGCCGCCAACGUCCACUUGGGCUCGAAGAACGUCCAGGUUCACAACGAACCCUACGUCUACAAGACCAGACCCGACGGUGUCAACGUCAUCAACAUCGGCAAGACCUGGGAAAAGAUCGUCUUGGCCGCCAGAAUCAUCGCCGCCGUCCCCAACCCCUCCGAUGUCGCUGUGUGCUCGCUGAGAACCUUCGGCCAAAGAGCCGUGUUGAAGUUCGCCGCCCACACCGGUGCCACCGCCAUCGCCGGUAGAUUCACCCCCGGUAACUUCACCAACUACAUCACCAGAUCGUUCAAGGAACCCAGAUUGGUCAUUGUCACCGACCCCAGAACCGACGCCCAAGCCAUCAAGGAAUCGUCGUACGUCAACAUCCCCGUGAUCGCCUUGACCGACAUGGACUCGCCCUCGGAAUUCGUCGACGUCGCCAUCCCCUGUAACAACAAGGGUAAGCACUCGAUCGGUUUGAUCUGGUGGUUGAUCGCCAGAGAAGUCUUGAGACUCCGCGGCAUCAUUCCCGACAGAACCACCGAGUGGUCGGUGAUGCCCGAUUUGUACUUCUACAGAGACCCCGAGGAAAUUGAACAAAACGCCUUGGAAGAAGCUCAAAAGGGUGACGAACCCGAAGCCGCUGAAACCGAAGCUGCCGAAACCGAAUGGACCGGCGAAACUGAGGAAGUCGACUGGGCUGACUCGGGCGCCACUCCUGCCGCCGAAGACGCCGCCGCUUCUAACUGGUAA